ACAACUGCUGUCAACCAUGGAGCCGGAAGAAUUUGAUAGCAAUGCGGCAUUGGCCGGCGUGGCUAGUAUGGAGACCCCAAGAGUCCCCAUUGCGGAGCCUAUUGCAAUUGUUGGCAUGGGAUGUCGUUGGCCUGGGACCGCCGUCAAUCCUUCCAAAUUUUGGGAAUUGAUGAUGGAAAAGCGAUCUGCACAUAGUGACUUUCCAGCGAAUCGAUUCAACAUCGACGCUUACUACCAUCCGAACCGUAGCCGGCCUGGAAGUUUGACAACAAAAGGCGGUUACUUCAUUCAGGAUGACCCAAAGCUUUUUGACCCUGCCUUUUUCGGAAUCAAUUCGGUUGAGGCAAUGACCCUCGACCCCGCCCAAAGAAAAAUCCUUGAAGUUGUUUAUGAAGCCUUGGAAUCGGCUGGUGCAACUCUGGAGUCAAUCUCUGGCACUAACACUGGUUGUUUCAUGGGAAAUUUCAAUCAUGAUCACCUAUUUGGCGAGGUCAGGGACUCCGAAUACACGAAACCCUAUACCGCCACCAGUGCAAUUGCUCCCUUCUUGUCGAACCGCGUCAGUUAUGUAUUUAACCUGACAGGUCCGAGUAUGACUGUCGACACUGCUUGUUCUGCUUCUCUCUACGCACUACAUUUGGCAUGUUUAUCUUUGCAAUCCGGCGAGUCCUCAGCGGCGUUGGUUGGGUCCUCGAACUUGAUCUUGUCACCAGAUAUGCAGAUAUUUUUGGACAAACUAGGCGCCCUCUCACCCACUUCUCAGUGCCACACAUUUGACGCUAGCGGCGAUGGCUAUGGCCGUGCCGAUGGUUUUGGCGUUUUCUAUCUGAAGAGGCUCUCAGACGCUGUCAGAGACAGGGAUCCAAUCCGAUCCGUCAUUAGAGCUACGGCUGUAAAUGCCAACGGGAAAAAUAGCGGAAUAACUCAUCCGUCCGCAGCAGCCCAAGAAGCCGCUAUGCGGUACGCUUAUGCGCGUGCUGGCACGCUUGAUCCGGACAUGACUGGCUACUACGAAUGCCAUGGCACUGGAACACCAGUCGGAGAUCCGCUUGAGCUAUCCGCUAUCUCACGGGUGUUUUCAAAAGGAAGGACUCUCGACAAACCUCUUCUCAUCGGAUCAGUAAAAACGAAUGUCGGGCAUUCUGAGCCAACAAGCGGUCUUGCAGGACUCAUGAAAGCCGUCCUUGCCAUCGAGAAAAACAUUAUUCCACCUACAACGGGUGUGACGAAUCUUAAUCCUCGAAUCGACUUCAACGCGAAUAAGUUCAAGAUCGUCACUGAAAGUACUGCAUGGCCAUCGCAUAUUCCUGUUCGCCGUGCGAGUGUAGCUUCCUCCGGGUUUGGUGGCGCCAAUGCGCAUGUUAUUCUUGAAGGCGUCGAGAGCUUCAUUCCAAAUUACAAGCACGGACAGCGCCUUGUCGAUUCGGGAGAAAAGCCCGUUUCCUCAGAGAUUCCACCCGAGUACCUCUUACCGUUCUCUGCCCAUGACAAAGACUCUCUCGAAAACAACAUUGAGGCACUACGAAAUGUUGCAAGCGAGUAUAGUAUCGCAGACCUAUCGUAUACGCUUGGCGCGCGUCGGUCGCGUUUCCUUCAUAAAGCUUUUGCCGUUUCCGAUCAAGACAGUCUCUCUACAAGCCUUGAAGCAAACAACGUGACUCACGCGAGCACCGUUAUCCAGGAGCCUUCCAGUCUAGGCUUCAUUUUUACGGGACAAGGAGCGCAAUGGGCUGGAAUGGGCAAGGAGCUCAUCUUCCGCUUCCCUAUAUUCAAGCAAACCAUUGAGACCUUGGACGACAUUCUCCAGUCUCUGGAUGAACCUCCUUCAUGGAAAUUUCUCGAUCUCCUCCAAGAGCCAAAGGAGACGAGUCGUGUAAAUAAUGCGGAUAUCUCUCAGCCAAUUUGCACAGCCCUUCAGAUUGGAUUGGUCGAGUUGCUUGCCUCCUGGAAUAUUGAGCCAGUGGCUACUAUGGGCCAUUCUUCUGGCGAACUUGGUGCUGCAUAUGCAUCCGGCAUCAUCACCGGCGAGGAAGCAAUUGUCGCUGCAUAUUAUCGAGGAAAGGCAGUCACAAAGAUUACCAAGAAGGGGUCAAUGGCUGCUAUUGGUCUUGGCAGAGAUGCGAUCGAGCCCCGUCUGAGUAACUACGACGGUAUAGUCAAGGUAGCCGCAGUCAACUCUCCCGAGGGUGUGACUAUAAGUGGCGAUCCCGAGACGAUAGACCAGAUAACCAAGGAUGUCUCUGCAGAGGGCGUGUUUGCAAGGGUCCUCCAAACUGGAGGCAAAGCGUACCAUUCUCCCCACAUGAAAGAGGUCUCGGAAUAUUACGAGUCUGCAACAUCUAAUGGCCUGAAACAGAUUGCAAAUGACCGUGUUAGGCUCCAACGCCCAUUGAAGACAUUCUUUUCUUCCGUGUAUGGCAAGCGCUUCCAGGGAGAUGGUCUUGACGCAGCAUACUGGAGAGAGAAUCUUGAGAAUCCAGUGCUAUUCACGACCGCACUGGAAGAUCUCGUCUCAACUCCUGACGUUCCUGUGGACAUGCUUGUUGAAGUUGGCCCUCAUUCAGCUCUUGCUGGUCCCAUUCGGCAACUGGAGUCGCUGCUGAAGUCAAAGGGCAAGAAAUUUCCAGGUUAUAGCUCUGUCCUGACACGUGGAAAGGAUGCGGUAACAUGCGCUCUCUCUCUUGCUGGAACUCUAUUCACUCGCUGCGUCGACAUCAAUUUUGAUGAGAUCAACGCCGUUCGAGACCAGAAAACCGGUUCUCAGAGGAAGGGACAUGUUAUUCCCGACCUGCCAACCUAUCGAUACCAGUAUAAAGAUAUUUUCUGGCAUGAGAACAGAAUUCAUCGUGAGGUGAAGGAACGCAAAUUUCUACGGCAUGACCUUCUCGGCUCAAGAAUCCCGGGCUGCUCCCCGCGUAGCCCAAGCUGGAGAAAUAUUAUUACUGUCCAAGAUGUUCCAUGGCUUGAGGAUUGCAAGGUUCGAGGAACCACAACGCUUUCUCCUGCAUGCUUCCUUGUUAUGGCGAUGGAAGCCGUGAAGCAAAUGUUUUCUGAGAAAGAAGGCAACGAACGUAUCUCAGGAUAUCACUUUCCGGCUGUCACAUUUGAGGACCCUGUUCUCCUAGGUGUGUCGGCUUCCGACACUGAGCUCGUCAUAAGUCUUCAUGAGCAAGGUUCUAGUCAAUCAAGAUUCUCUCAGGCAUUUGAGAUUGUUUCUAUCGCGGACGGCCGCACCACAGUACACUGCUCUGGUCUUGUCAGCAUUCAGAGUCAAAAUAUCAGCACAAAAUCUCAGGUUAAUAUGGCUGAGACGCCGAAGCCGGUUUCAGCAGACGCCUGGUAUUCAAGAUUCGCGAGCCUCGGUCUAGAAUAUGGGCCCGCUUUUCAGGCAAUGAGCUUUUUGCGCACCAACCCUGUGGGGAACAAGGCAGGUGCACAAAUUGCACUCCUCCCAAGCACAGGUCGGCCUAUCGGCGAAUCCUCUUAUGAGGUUCAUCCCACUGCAAUUGAUGCAUGCAUUCAGCUUGGCUUAAUUGCAGCAAAACGAGGCGAGCCUCGUAAUGCCCAUAACUUGGUUCGGCCUAUAACUUUAUCGAGACUGUCAAUUCCUGUGUCUUCCGAGGCGAUCGAAGAUAUUGAUGGUUCGGCAAUGGCCUGGGGCAAGCAAACGGAUACAGGAAACCUCGAGGCCCGUGUUCAGCUCAUCUCUAGUUCUGGCAAAGUAGUGAUGGAUAUUGGUAAUGUUGUGGCUGAGCCUGUGAAAAGCUCUAGGCAGGCUGAAAAUGCCGGUGCUACUCCGUUUACCCAUCCCGUCUGGAAGGCAGACUACACCAGGCUUCUCCCAGAGCGCGCGCGUGAGAUGUUUCCUCCCGUGUCAUUCGAGGCCGCUGAGGCCUUCGAAAAGAUUGAUCAAGCAUCCAUCGCGAUUUUGGUUCAGUUUGUCUCGAAGAUUGCACCUAAUGUUGAUCGCUCGGAGCUUGACAUUGGUCUUGUACGAUUUUGGGAUUGGAUGCAUGCCACAGUCAAGAAAGCAGAAAGCGGAGAAAUUGCCUACGGAAAGGAAGCGCUAGCACUCUCCCCUUCCAGUCGCGAUACUCUGAUUGACAAGAUUUGUACUGAAGUUGGACCUGUCGCGGUUGAGGCUCAGCUGAUGCACCGGAUGUACCAGAAUAUGGAGAGAAUUUUCAACAAUGAAGCGUCGGCACACGAAGUCUUGAUGGAAGGAGAGCUUCUGCCCAAGCUAUAUACUAACUCUGCUACGGCAAGCGGAUCUAUGGUCCAGUUGCGACGGGUAAUCGAUUUGAUAGGCCACAAGUCCCCGGCUGCAAAUUACCUGGAAAUUGGAGGUGGCACUGGUGGUGCGACACGAGAGAUAUUAGCUGUCUUGAAUGGAAAAGAUCCAGUCAGGCGCUAUGGGAGCUACACUUUUACUGAUGUCUCAAGUUUUUUCUUGAGUGGAGCUCGAGAAGAAUUUAAGGAGUAUGGCGGCAUGAAAUACGCCACCAUCGAUAUCGAGCGCGACGUUAGCGAUCAGGGCUUUGAGAAGGGCUCAAUGGACGUUAUCAUUGCAGCGAAUGUUCUCCAUGCCACAACUGUAAUGAAGGAAACGCUUACCCACGUAAGAUCGCUUCUGAAGCCAGGCGGAAAGUUAGUCCUUGUUGAGACAACCAUUGAACCAAUCUGGCUGGCGAUUGUUUUGGGAGGGUUCCAAGAUUACUGGAAGGGUCACACUGAUGGAAGACCCAACUCUCCUUUCAUGACGGUGGCUAAAUGGGAAACUAUCCUUAAAGAAACCGGUUUCACCAGGCCAGCAAUUGAGCUGGACGACUACAUUCAGCCAAGCCAGUUCAUGAAUGUCAUGGUCUCUACAGCUAUUGAGCCGGAGCCAGUGAAUUCCGUGUCCAAGGACAAGGCGGACGAAGCUUUGACACUAGUAUACCGCGAUCAGACAGUUGCGCUUGCAUCGGAAGUUGAAAACCUUGCUAAAGAACAGAGCAUUUCUAUUAACGUCGUAUCUCUAUCCGAACUUGGAGACGUGUCUGGCCAAGUCAUAAUGCUUGCCGAAUUAGAGCGACCUCUCUUCCCAGACAUGAAUGAGACUGAAUUCACCAACUUGAAAAAGCUGUCCGAUAAUGCGAAAUCUAUCGUCUGGGUUACACCAUCGGGCUUCCAGCCAGAGGAUUCUCCGAAAUCUGUUCUCGUUACUGGUUUUGCGCAAGCCAUCAAGGCACAGAAUCCGACACUCCCAUUUGUCGUUUUGAGGCUUGACAUUAAAGGAGGUGAAGAAAGUCAAUUAGCAAAAUUGAUACUCUCCGAAGGACUUUCAGCACCGGCCGAAACGGAGACGGAAUUAACCUAUUUGGAUGGCUUGAUUCAGAUCAAGCGUAUUCUGCCCACUGCUCCGCCGGCUAUUAAGUCUACUGCGAAGGCUCGAUAUGCGGAUGACAUUGCUGAGAUCCUCACAAACAGAAUCGACACUUCGAAGCCACUCGAACCCGAAGAGAUUGAGUUUGACCUCAAGACGGUUGCACUUAAACACUCUGGAUCUGCAGACGGAGUUCCCGGCUUCUCCCUCACUGGAGAAUGUACAGGCACCGUGACUCGUGUCGGAUCAAGAAUUCUUGGGCUCCACAAGGGUGACAAUGUUUUUGCACUUGCCAGAGGUGGCUGGCAGUCCAAGAUGAGGGUCUCUCGAGACCUAAUAAAACUGCUUCGGCCAGGGGAGAUCCUUGAAAAAGUUACCACUAUGCCGAUUGCAUAUUGUUCGGCUCUUUACCUGAUCAAGCAUAUUGCCAAGGUUUCCGCCGGUGAUAACCUGCUUCUGCACAUACUCGAUGAAGACAUCGCCCUCGCCAUGAGCACAAUUGCCAAGUUGAAAGGCGCAAAGGUUUUCGCUUCUAUUGGCCCUAACCAAAGCUCUGAAGCCGUCGCGCGCGAGCUCCAAAUACCCGUGGAGAACGUGCUCAAGCCAGACGAAGGGUCUUUUGUCAACGAUGCGCUUCAACUCACAAAAGAAAAAGGCUUUGAUAUCAUAGUUGCACAUGAGUCCCAGGGCUAUGUGGAUGAGCUGUCCGCAAUGGUGUCGCCGCUCGGGUUUGUCGUCCGCAUAGCCGCUGAGAAGGACCAAGGGCGACAGCUAUGGCACCGUCAGCGAGACCAGAACUGGGCCUUGGUUUCUCUUGAUAUGGAUCUUAUCGUGUCCAAGAAGCCAAAAGUGUUCUCCAGCCUCCUCGCGGAGACGUUGUCCCUCUAUCGCGAAGGAGUUAUUCAAUUUCCAAGUCCGGCUUCAGUACUCCCAAUGUCCGCGAUCCGAGAUGAGUCCUUCCCAGAGAUGGAUGCCGUCAAGUUUGGCAAAUCAGUAUUACGGAUUGAUCAAUCCGCUCAGGAAACUGCUCUUCCCCAUGCUUGGACACUCAAAUGCAGUCCACAUGAGAGCUAUAUUCUCAUUGGCUGUCUGGAAUCCCAUCUGGGCAGAGAAAUCGGCAUGUGGUUGGCUGAAAAGGGUGCAAAAGACCUCGUCUUUAUUUCGCAGCCACAAACCGUCUCGACUCAUGCGUCCGGGAUUGAUGAUUACUCUAAGCAGCUGGCCGAUUUGGGUGUCUCCUUGUCAUUUGUAGAGAGCUCUAUGACGAAGCCUAACGAUGUCGAUUUGCUGAAGGUCAAAUUCCGCAAGUCCAUUGGAGGAAUUAUUCAAGGACCGGCCAAUCUAGAGGAUGAAUCAUUGGAUGGUCUCGAUCACGCUCAAUAUCAAAAAGCGUUCCGGUCUCAAAGCUACCAGUUACGGCGUCUUCACGAACUUGUCAAGGAAGGCCCGCCGCCACGGUUCAUCACUUUGCUUGGUUCCAUCAAGUCUGUCCUUGGUGAUUCUGGUUUGACUCUUAAUCCACUCAUUGACACUUUGCGUGAGUCAAUUGCACGUCAAUGGAGAUCCCAAGGCUUCAACGCCCGCUUCAUCGCCCUUGGCCCCGUCCAGGAGGAAGGUGAUAAUGCGGAGGUUGGCUUGGCAACAAGACCAAUAGAUGAAGUACUAGAACUCUUGGAAGCAGCGAUAGUCGACGGCAUUCCCGACAAGGCCAAUGAAUCCGAGGAAUUUGAGGCCUUGGCAGAGCCUAGCAGUUUGCUAUUGGGACUUGAUCCUAGCAAGGCAAAACUUCCUGUCGAGUCCGACACAGAUGCUGGUGAAGACGUCCCAUGGUCCCAAAAUAUUGCCGUUAGCGCCAUGAUUCGUGCUCUCCAGAGCAGUUCUGAGAACGCUGAGCAGAGUACCGAGUCUGUGCCGGUGGGUGAAGUCUUGAGUACCAUCGACAAGAACGAUCAACGAUAUGUGGAGGUUGCCAUGGAUGCCAUUGUCGAUACCAUGGCUAAGCUUCUCUUCGUUGCUCGCGAGCAGAUUAGUGUCAAGAAAGCUCUGGCCAGCUAUGGUUUGGACAGUAUGAUUGCAUCACAGCUCAGGACAUUCUUUGCCGCCAGCUUCGGUCUUAAUGUCGCAUUGAACGAGCUGAUGAGCCAGGAUACAACCAUUGAUGCUCUGGCUGGCAAGGUCCAGGCCGCUUAGAUAUGAGAUAUUUGACUUGUUAAAGCGUCAAGUUUGAAAUUGGAGUUUUCUAAUUGUACGGAGUUUGUAAAGCAUACAUAAAUUGUACUUAGACUUUUGACUUUUCUGUCUUAUCCUUUUCUCCUAGGUAUCAAUGCAACGU